CGAGUUGAUUCGCCGGUGCCGCUGUCACUAAAGCUGCGCUCAGCUGCGUCACGCUGGCAUUGGAACGCCCCGCCCCUUGGCCAAAUUGAAGCAUCGGGCUGACCGAUAAAACUGGGACGUUUUAACCAUGAGAAGCAACGCUGUAAGCUGUUAAGCGGGUUUUUUUAAAAAAUUGGGAAUCAGACACACACUGCAACGUUUACACUUCUUGCUGGUUUGGGACUAGCAACGAUCGCUGUGCAGGUAUAUAUAAAGGGAGGAGCAAGCAGCUGAAAAGGGUAACUAGAGAGAGAGCAGGCACACACACACAGGUGCGUACUGAAGUGGAACUUACUGCAAGGACACCAGAAACCAAGAGGAGCGACCUACACACACUCUCCUACAAAUACAGGUUUUCUGAGCUCGGAGUCUCUGUGAAGAAUGGAGGCGUCCCCUUUUAACCGCAGACAGUGGGCCUCCCAGUCCCUGCGCAUCACGGCCAGCGAGCUCUCCCUCACCAAGGGCAAGACCAGUGCCAUCGCUGAGCGCUUCUCCAAGUACCAGAAAGCUGCUGAAGAGGCGAGUACAGAGAAGAGGAGAGCUAACCCCGAAAACUUGACCCGCAGUUUCAGGAGAGGGAACCUCAGUGUGCUGAAGAAGCGGUGGGAGACCACGCCCUCAACGGACCCUCAACCGAACCCCGCCCCCCGCCCGAGGCUCCCCUCGACAGUCAGCCCCACCGGCGCCAAGCCUGACCCGCUGGCACAGACGGACCAGAACCGCGUUGGCAGAGUGAGGUCCCCAGGAAGUGCCCCCAGCGCUCGGUUCCAGUUCUCUGCGGAGAGAGAGGAGGGGAUGGAGCGGCCGAUGUCGAGGGAGGGGGAGGCGGCGCCCGCUUCUCCUGUCCGGAUUGAGAAGAGCAGCGUGCAGCUCAGCAGCCUGAAGAUGAUGUUUGAGAAGGGAGACUCCAGCCAGGCCAAGGUUUCUCGGGAACCUGGCAGAAUGGGGGUGAAGGGAUGGAUUUCUGAGAACAGUGCUUCGGAAGAGAACCACAUGGACCAUCGGGAGAGAGGUCAGCUGGGUCUCGGCUCUGCUGGAUCCAGUCUGGAUCUUCACGAGAGCAGGCCUCUGAAGGACCGGAUGGCGAAGUACCAGGCUGCGGCUGACGCUGUGUCAACUCAGAGUAAUGACCUUGCCCCUGCUGACCUGGAAAUGAAGCUCCACAAAGUGGAGCAGAAGGAGAACGUGCCACCCUCUCACCUGGAGAGCCCCACCUCCACUGAGGGGUCCCAGGUUCCUGUAACUGAGAACCAUCAGCUGUCCAGAACAAGUUCCACUGCCGACAGCACAACAGGGAAGGUGGAGAGCGAUCCAGAGUCGGGGAAUCUGUCUGGAUCCGGCACCAAGAGCCCCAUGUCUUCAAAUCAUUUGGACAACUCUGUCUCCAAACCCAUCAAGAAGUUCCAGCUGCCGGCCCGGGAGACGUGCGUGGCGUGCGUGAAGACUGUCUACCCCCUGGAGAAGCUGGUGGCUAAUCAGCAGGUCUAUCACAGCAGCUGCUUUCGCUGCUCUCACUGCAACAGCAAGCUCAGUCUGGGUAACUACGCCUCCCUGCAUGGCACAGUCUACUGCAAACCUCACUUCAACCAGCUGUUCAAGGCCAAGGGGAACUACGAUGAGGGCUUCGGUCACAAGCCCCACAAGGACCUGUGGGCAAGCAAGAGCGAGGGAGAGGAGCACCAGCGACCUGAACUGGCCCCCGCGGACAAACAGCAGUGCCCCCUAGUGGAGGAUUCCCCCAUCGCCAAGGUCAACGUCCUGGCGGCCACCAUCGAAUCCAAGAGCUCCACCGCGGGACCUGCUGCGGAGAAACCUCUGGAUACCAAGAGGCUGAAAAUCACCUGGCCACCCCAGCCACAGGGGGGGAGGGCUGAGGGCCAGGGCGCAGGGGUGGAGGCGGGUACAGCGAGGCCCUUCAAAGCCAAGUGGCCCCCAGAGGAUGAGGUCCAGGAGCAGGGCGAGAACCAGGAGCGGAGCGAGCUGCAGAAACUGCGGCGAAGUGCCUCCCUUAAGGAACGCUGCCGCCCCUUCACCGUGGCGCACAGUCCUGUGCGGGCCCCCAGGGAACCGAGAGAGCCGGUUAGAGCAAAGGAAGAGUGGAGGAGGAAGGAGGAGGAGGAGGAGAGAACGGGAGCACAGACCCCAGAACUGAAACAAACCAAACUGGAGUCUCCAGCUGAAAGGGUGCAGGUGGAAGCCAAAGCAGCGCCUCCUGUGGAAGCCACCGGGGACCGCGUGCUGAACGGAGACUCCCCUUCCCCUUCUCCCACCCCCUCCUCGGAGAGCGAGGGCUGCCCGCUCCAGGCAGAGGAGAGCCAGCCGUCGCCCGCCCGCUCUCCUGCAGUAGAGAAGGAGGAUCUGAAGCUCUCCACACUGGCCCUGGAGCAGGGGGACCGAACCCCCGAGGUGCUCCCCAGUCACGGCAACCGCAAGUCCCAGGACGUGGGCUUCUGGGAGGGGGACGGGGAGGAGGCGGAGGACCUGUCUGUGGAGGAGCUGAUCAAGAGGAAUCGAUACUAUGAGGAGGAGGAAGAGGACUGAGCGGAGACAGCUUUGAUGAGAAGAUUUUAAAUAAACACAAAAUUGAAUUUCUUUUUGGUGAUGGGCUUUUUGUUCACAACCAAGUUAUUACAUCUCUCUUUCUCCUCUGAUUUUUAGUUGUUAACCGCACAGGCUUUUGGAAAUAUAAAGUUUGUUCUGAUUUUCAUUGCUAAUUAAGAAGCUGCCCUUAAUUUUCUUUUGUGUAAUGUUUAAUUAUUUUUUUUUUAUAUCUUCUGACUAAUGAAUGCAUAUUUAAUUUUGUUUUACAUUUUUUGUUCUGAGUUGGUAAUUGUAAAUGAGUGGGGUUUGGUACCCAGGCGAAUUUAAUUUUUAUCUUCCAUUAAUCUGGCUCUCGCUGGAAAUGAAAUGCACGAUACUGAUUUUGUUUUGUAACGUCGCAUCUUGCAUUUCGUUCCGGUAGUGAAAUCAUGUUCUGCUUUUUUACUUUUUUUUUUUAAAGUUGGGUUUAGCAUCUCCAAUUAGCAGGGCUAUCUUCACUGAACUGGAAACCUGCACUGAUGUACUGCGCUAGGACUACGAGGAUACAAUGCUGGCUAUACAAUGACUUGAAUAGCGUUUUUUAAAGGCUGGAAACGGCACUUUAAUAGGCAUUCCACUUAUUUUUAUUUUGUUUGUGUUGUUUUAAAUGUACAGUACUCCUUUCUGUGAAAAGUUUGCUUUCGCUAACUGAUGAUGGCCAAAUGGAACAAGAGAAAAAAAAAAACGUAGCGUUUUUUUAUAACGGCACUGGUCAAUUUUAAUCAUUCUCCUUGAUCCUAUCCGCUCUCAAAGGUUUAACUUAAUUGUAACAGUUGUGUAUAGGGUUGGUGCCAGUUACCUUGUGUUUUUUUUUUUUUUUUUUUGAUGGAAUUGGAAAUUUGAUUUUAAAUCUGAAUCGAUCUCAUCCCUGGCUGUGUGUGUUCUAGGUCUCCUUCUUGUACAAACCGCUCCAAACGCACAGGCCUGACUGUCUUGACUUCUCUCCUCAUGCCUGCACCAGAGCUGGUUCAGAGGCAGCUGCAGAAUAUUCCUCAUCAGCACAGCUGCCCUAAUAUAAACCACCUGUCCCCACCUUCUAGGGGUCUUGAACAGACCUGUUUGUGUUUUUCGGAGAAUCUGUCUGUCCAGAGUAGUAUUGGACACCUGGCUAAGACUGACUUUUUCUUUCUUUCUUUCUUUCUUUUUCUUUUUUAAUAGAGGUAUAUAAUGUCUGCCUUUUCUUACUGCUUUAGCAUUUUAAUAAAUUUGUUUUUAUUCAAAA